CAAAAGGAUAUGAGGUCCCGAUUCCUGGAGAGCAAUUCUUAAUCAGGUGGAAGUCAGGAGGAUUACAAAUUUCUUGUAAAGAAAGUACGUUGAAAGACGAGCCCCAGAUUGUCCAGGAAAGGGAAUUUCGUCACCUCACUGAGCACAAAGUAAUGUUCGAAGUGGAUACACCAAACAUCACUGAGAAUGAAGUCAACCUACACAUCACCCUAAAACAGAAUACAACGAAGAUGCUCAUAAUUCCAAUGUCAUUAAACGAAACAGAUACGGUGAUGUCAGAGGGAGGAGCAGGUUCACCAUCAACGAUAGCGUCAUCAUCCUCAUCGGCUGACAAUCAUCCUGCAGAAACCGUGGGUUCUGGUUCUACUUCUGCAACAAGAGAGCCAGGGGGAAAAUGUGAGAGCGAUUUCGAUGACAUUCUGAGGGCGAUUGCAAAGAAGAUCGUCAAAAGCAGUGAUAUUGAUAAUCUAGGCGGUAAGCUUGGCUUUGAACCAGAAGAUACACAACGCUACAUACAGUCUAACACGGAUGCAGAUUACAUGGGGACGCUGAAUAUGCUCCGAACAUGGAGGAGAGGAACAACUGAAUCAAAAGAACGUGAACAGUUGGGGAAAGCCCUUUUAGAUAUCAAGCGGAAGGAUCUGGCAGACAAAUGCGUGGGUGAUGCCAAGCUUAAAUGAUCCUAAAAUUUUUGUAAAAAAAGUAAAUAUAAAGAGACAGCUGAAUCGGAAUUUUCCCGCCUAAGAGUAUCUAUUUAUUGGAACUAUCAUGAAAUAGUACGCCUUGCAAAUAUGAAUCAUUUUCACAGAAAUUCAUUAGAAUUCUAGAUUUAGCUUGGAAUUUUAUUGGAUUUCUCCACGGUCUAUAGACUGGUUACCAGACAGCAGCAGAUCUAGCCUUUUACCUAGAGGGGGAUUUGACCAGAAGGAAUAUCACCGCAAACCGAAAAGCGGCGAUUUGUAUUUGCUGUUUUCAGGGGUGGUUCCAGCUUUCGCACAUAUGGGGGGGGGGGCGAAAAUAUUUUCCCCGCAUUUUUCCUGGUAGGCAUCUCAGAGCUGUGGGUUGUUGGUUUCUUUGAAGAGGAGGUAGGUUUAUUUACUUCGUAGAUAAGUUUUGACAAUAACACCUGAAAAGUGAUAUCUAAAAUACUUUAUGGAAUACAUGAAGUGAAUAGGUACUUCACAAAUCAAAUAAUGCGGUCAUGCAGCGAGAUCUUAAAAAAUAGAUAUUCAGAUCACAAAACGGGACAUUUGUUCAGAUUACUUUUUAUCUUAAAUCAAUUGGAAAUUAAACAAUAUAAUGACAGCUCGAUAUUCGAGCUG